GAAGAGCUCAGGACGAGCUGCCAAACCGGAGUGGGACCGGAGGGAAUGAAAGAGGAGGGCCACAUGGUUGAAGGUGGCCGCAUCGUGGAAGUCCCGAGAUGGAGAGGACCGCAGCAGGUGAAACAGGAGCCUGAGGAACGGCUGUCCCAGCGCUGGGAAGUCCACUGGCAGGUGGUGGAAUCCCCUCACUCGAGUUGGGGGCCGUCACAGUUGCUGGAGGAGCCCACCCCAUGGGACAAUGCCAAGGCCUUCCUGGCCUCCUUCGAGCAAGUGGCCGAGGCCUGCCGGUGGCCCAAGGAAGAGUGGGCGGCCCGACUCCUGCCGGCCCUCAGAGGAGAAACUGAGUGGGCCUUCAGAGGCCUGGAGACUGGAGACAGGGAGGAUUAUGGGAAAGUGAAGGCGGCCAUCUUGCGAGGGGACGCCCUGAACCGGGAGAAGCAGCGUCAACACUUCCGGCGCUUCUGCUACCAGGAGGCCGAGGGGCCCAGAGGGGUGUACAGCCACUUGCAGGAGCUUUGCUCUCAGUGGCUGAAGGUCGAGAGGCACACGAAAGAGCAGAUCCUGGAAACGCUCAUCCUGGAGCAGUUCCUGACCAUUUUGCCGCAGGAAAUGCAGAGCUGGGUUCGGGGGACCGGACCGGAGACGUGUUCCCAAGCGGUGGCCUUGGCUGAGGAGUUCCUCCAGGAGCAGCAGCAGGCCGACGAGAAGCGGAAACAGCAGCUGCAGGUGCCCUGCCCAUUGGAAGAGCAAGCGGUGAACUUCCCUGGAGCUGAGCAGAUGCAGCUGGACGCGGUGCUCAGCCCGGCCUGCAGAGAGAUCAAACUGGAGAGCGCCGAGGAGGAGGCAGCUUUGAGGGCCUGCCGGGAGGGGAGCGAGAACCGGCAGCCCCCACCUCGCUGGGAAAUUUCGGAGCGAGGUGAAGUCCAUCGUAUUAUGCUGGGAGAGGCCGAAUGGAACUUUUCACCCCGCCAGGAGGGGGGAGACCACUCGGCGACCGAGCCCGCCUUGGUGAGGAUGUGGGCCGGCAACCUGAAGGCCAGGCCUGAAGACCACCGUCCGAGAGGGGCGGCCGAAAGCAGACCCCAUGACGGUUCUGCGCUGCGCCCGGGAGCCCUCGCAGGCAAGGGGGAGAACGUCUGCGCCGACUGCGGGAAGGCCUUCAAGUGGCACUCGAGACUCGUGGCUCACCGGCGGCUGCACACGGGGGAGAAGCCGUACAAGUGUUCCUUUUGCGGCAAAAGCUUCCGCAGGAACGCCCACCUCUACCAGCACCACCGGAUCCACACGGGGGAGAAGCCCUACGAAUGCGCCGACUGCAGCAAGAGCUUCAAUGACAAGUCGACGUUCCUGAAGCACCGGAGGACUCACACGGGGGACAAGCCGUACCAGUGUUCCAGCUGCGGGAAGAGCUUCAUCCAAAGCUCGCACCUCUCCCGGCACCAGAGAACCCAUGCCGGGGAGAAGCUGUGAUGUUUCGUCAGGCCCUGUGACCGGGCGGUGUGCCGGGCCUGACAGCAGAUUAGAGAAGCCACAUAGGGGAGAGACGCUACAGCACAGGUGGGGAACCCGAGGGCCGAAUCCAAUUUUGGAGAAGCCCACAGGGGCCGCAUCCCUGCAGU